AUGAUUGAUUGCAUGGCAUUAUGGCAUCAUCAUCACAUGUGCUCCCGCGUGUAUAUCCGUCAUUCCCUAUGUAUGUUGCCAUGUCAGCAGGUGUUGGAGCAGCACGGCAGGGACGAGUCAUACCACGAGGCUGUGCCACCAGACGCGGUCGCAUUCGCCCGCUCCACCCACCAAGUGCAACAGCUGGUAACCGCGUGCGCUCCUGCAUGCCCGUUAUCCCCUAUGUUACCAUGUCAACAACAGGUGUUGGAGCAGCAUGGCAGGGACGAGUCAUACCACGAGGCUGUCCCACCAGACGCGGUCGCAUUCGCCCGCUCCACCCACCAAGUGCAACAGCUGGUAACCGCGUGCGCUCCUGCAUGCCCGUUAUUCCCUAUGUUACCAUGUCAACAACAGGUGUUGGAGCAGCAUGGCAGGGACGAGUCAUACCACGAGGCUGUCCCACCAGACGCGGUCGCAUUCGCCCGCUCCACCCACCAAGUGCAACAGCUGGUAACCGCGUGCGCUGCCGCCCGCGUGCCCGUCAUUCCCUAUGGCGCCGGCACGUCUUUGGAAGGCCACGUGGCAGCGCUCUGUGGAGGCGUCUCCAUUGACCUGUCGCAGAUGAAUGAGGUGGUGGAGGUACAUGCAGAGGACAUGGACUGCAGGGUGCAGGCAGGGGUGACACGUCAGCAGCUCAACCACCAUCUGCACGACUCGGGCCUCUUUUUCCCCGUUGACCCAGGCUCGGAAUGCACCAUAGGGGGGAUGACAGCAACAAGAGCUUCAGGCACCAAUGCUGUUCGCCACUAUCCCCCCGUCCACCCCCCUCUCCCCACUCUCCCCUCUUAUCCCACUCACCCCUCCCCUGCCAUUCACCUCUCCUCCCCCUGCUCUGCUCCCUCAUGCUUCACUCCCCCUUUUCCCCCUCUUCCCUCCUCGCCCACCACCAUAUGUACCCCUCAUCGCCCUUCUCCACCUCAUCACCCUCCCCUCCCUCCCUUCCACACACUCGCUCUUGCUGCAUUGCCCGCCUGUAUUGAUGGUUUCAGCUACGACUUAACUCGCCUGAUUGUGGGGAGCGAGGGCACACUGGCUGUUGUCACCGAGGUGGCUCUUCGCCUGUAUCCCCAACCCGAGGCUGUCUCAGCUGCUGUCUGCCCCUUCACCUCCAUUGCUGGUGCUGUGGAUGCGGUGAUAGAGACCAUUCAAAGCGCCAUCCCCGUCGCACGCAUAGAGCUCCUGGACGAGGUUCAGGUAGAUGCAGUGAAUCGCUACUCCAAGACGCACCUGCACCCAAGCCCCACGCUCUUCUUUGAGUUCCACGGCACUGCGGCUGCCGUGGAGGAGCAAGCCAAGCAGGUUUCGGAGAUUGCAUCUGGCAAUGGGGGGGGCUCGUUUGCGUGGUCGACGGCUCCUGAGGAGCGAUCCAAGCUCUGGGCUGCCCGCCACUCCGCCUACUAUGCUGCCUUGGCGCUCAGACCCAACAGCAAAGGGUGGGUGAGCCAACAGCACAGCAGGCAGGUCCUCAGUCACACCUCAUGCUUUCUAGCGGAUGGGCAUGCUCCUAUCUCACACCUCACAGAGCUGGUGCUGCAGCCCUUCGUUAGCAGCCUGCUAGCGGACGUGUGUGUGCCUAUAUCGCGGCUCACAGAGCUGGUGCUCUUAGCGAAGCAGCAGAUAGGACAGGCCCAGCUGGUAACUCGUCUUCCACGAUCACACGCCCUUCCCAACCUCGCUCUCUCUUUCUUCUUCUUUUCUAUCCAUCCUUCCCACCCCCCCUACCCCAGCCUCCUAGCGGAUGUGUGUGUGCCUAUAUCACGUCUCACAGAGCUGGUGGUGCUGGCGAAGCAGCAGAUAGAGCAGGCUCAGCUGGUGGCGCCAAUAGUGGGCCAUGUGGGGGACGGCAACUUCCACGUGCUCUUCAUUGUGGAUCCGGACAAUAAGGAUGAGCUGGCAGCGGUCAAGCGAGUCAACGACAGUCUUGUGGCGCGUGCCAUUGCUGUGGGCGGCACAUGCAGCGGCGAGCACGGCGUGGGUCGGAGCAUGGGAGCGCAGCACUGGAUGCCAUGGCAGCUUUCAAGGCAGCCCUCUGUCUGCCCCUUCCUCCUUCCAUUAUCUUCAUCUCCUUCCAUCAUCUCCCCUCAUCCCUUCCAUCAUCUCCCUCCCCUUCCAUCAUCUCCCUCCCCUUCCAUCAUCUCCCUCCCCUUCCAUCAUCUCCCUCCCCUUCCAUCAUCUCCCUCCCCUUCCAUCAUCUCCCUCCCCUUCCAUCAUCUCCCUCCCCUUCCAUCAUCUCCCUCCCCUUCCAUCAUCUCCCUCCCCUUCCAUCAUCUCCCUCCCCUUCCAUCAUCUCCCUCCCCUUCCAUCAUCUCCCUCCCCUUCCAUCAUCUCCCUCCCCUUCCAUCAUCUCCCUCCCCUUCCAUCAUCUCCCUCCCCUUCCAUCAUCUCCCUCCCCUUCCAUCAUCUCCCUCCCCUUCCAUCAUCUCCCUCCCCUUCCAUCAUCUCCCUCCCCUUCCAUCAUCUCCCUCCCCUUCCAUCAUCUCCCUCCCCUUCCAUCAUCUCUCUCCCCUUCCAUCAUCUCUCUCCCCUUCAUCAAUAAUUUCCCCCGAGCAGCUAUGGCAAGUUACCAUUCUUGGAGUCGGAGCAUGGGCGGGCAGCACUGGAAGCCAUGGCAGCACUCAAGGCAGCAUGGGACCCGCUUAA